UACGGGGAGAAAGGAAAAGCGAUAAUCCAGUCCGCAAUAUUUUCCAUGUUUGACCACGAACAGACUUCCAACGAAGCCUUCACUCCCCUUGACUUCAAGGCCUACAUUGAAUACUACCUCAUACCUUGGGUCGCUAUCCACUUAAUUUCGAAAGACCUCGGAUGCAGUCUAGAAGAGGCGUAUGAAGAGAUGAUUGCCAGUGCUGAUUCAGGUGUUGCUCUGCAUCCAAUGGCUGAAGAAGACUCAUGUAUCGAGAAAAUCACACGCCAACACUGCGUCUUGGCUGCCGAGAAACGUGUUGAGAAGGUCGAGCACUUCCGCAAGGAGAUGAAUGAU